CGGGUCGGCCCCCGGGCAGGCAGGUCGAGGCAAGCAAAACCCAGCCGGCGUCCGGAGGGGCUGUAGCUUUCCUCUCUCCCGGCCGCCGCCCGCGCCGCCUAUGCAGCGCGGGCCGCGGGCCGCGAUGGCGGAGGAGAGCACCGGCUGCGUCUUGCCGCGCCUGCCCUGGGCGUCCGUGUUGCGCGCCGCGCUGCUGCUGGCGCUCGCCGGCGUCGCCAUCCACUGCCUUGUCUGUAGCCAGCGGCUCGCGCGGCAGCAGCAGCAGCACCGGCAGCCGCAGCUCGAACCACCUGCGGGGGACAUCGCGGAGCUGCAGCUGAAUCACUCAGGUCCUCGGCAGGACCCCAGACUGCACUGGCAGGCAGGCCCGGCUCUGGGCCGCUCCUUCCUGCAUGGACCAGACCUGGACAAGGGGCAGCUGCGUGUCCACCGGGACGGCAUCUACAGGCUGCACAUCCAGGCCACGCUGGCCAACUGCUCUUCCAUGGGCACCACGUGGCCCCACGGUGCCACCCUGGCCAUCGGCAUCUGCUCCCCAGCCACCCACAGCAUCAGCCUCCUACGCCUCCACUUCCACCAGGGCUGCACCGUCACCUCCCAGCGCCUGACACCCCUGGCCCGCGGAGACGUGCUGUGCACCAACCUCACCCUGCCCCUGAUGCCCUCCCAAAAUGCUGACGAGACCUUCUUUGGCAUCCAGUGGGUGCACCCCUGACCCCUGUUCCUGGGUUGCUGUUUCUGUGUUCUCCUGGAUGGAUGAGGAGGCCCAAGGAGAAGAUGCAAAAUCUCUGGACAGUCCUCCUGGAACUUGACCAGGGCAUCAAGAGGGAAAUUGAAGGAAGUGUCCCAGGACCUGAAGAGAUGUGCCGGUAAAAUGUCAUGGCAGUCCCCUGUAAAUAAAUGAUGGACUUGAAGUA